ACCUCAACUUUUAUUUUUAAUUUUUCUUCAUUGAUUUUUAGCAUCUUUUUAGAUUGCGUUAAGCGGCUCCGGCUUGGAUAUCGUAAAGAGCACUGUGUUUAGCUUAAUUUAUUAGUCUUUGUAUCAUUAUCAUUGUAUCAUUUCUUCAGUGUGAUCUACUGUGGUCUAGCCAUUGGCCAAAACAUUGAUUUUAUAUCUUAGGAUAAACUACCUACUUCUUGUAGUGAGAACCAUUGGGUAUUAGGGAGAUUAUUGGAUAUAAAAGAGGAUACCAACCACUGUAUAGACCCUUACCUGUGUACAAACUAUCCGAUUGGUAGGCCUUGUGAAGAGUUGGAAGUUGGAAGACAGGAGAAAAGCCUGAAUAUGGAUUCCUACUUCAUUCCACCAGAUAAUGUAGUUGAACAAUUGAAAUGUUCCUUAUGUGACAGCUACCUUUCAGUUUCUCCUGUGAUGUUGAUAUCGGAAGAUGGGAAUCAAUACAAAUGUGGAAGGUGUAGCUCUAUUAAAACUGUUAUCAGCACCCGUUCAACAAUUUAUGAACAUCUCGCUAAACUAAUGACUUUUCCUUGUAACUUUAAAGACUGUGCGAAGAAAAUUCCAUUUAGUGAUGUCAAAGACCACGAAAAAGUUUGUGAACAACGAACUAUCAUCUGUCCAAAAUCGAAUUGUAAUGAAUCUAUCAAGGUCCAGAAGAUUGCUCCACAUUUCAAAGAGAAGCAUAAUGAGGUAUAUCAUACAAACUAUUUUUGUAUCAAGAAUGUAUAUGCUUAUUAUAACAUUGAUGUUCUGGAAAAAAAUGGAAAAACCUAUAUCAGCUUCUUUGACUUUGACGAUGUGAAUUUUGGAGUGAGUAUAUGUGCCACUGAUCCGACUGAUACUUUUCAGUAUGAAAUUCAGUUGAAGUCUGAUAAAAGUAAUUUCGCCAUUUCAAUUACCAAUCAAAAUAUUAUCUUGUUUAAUGAACGAGAGCAUUGUUUCAAAUGUGUGAGUGGCACUUGUAAAUCAAAAUUUCAUGUUUAUAAAGACAAUAGAAAGGAAAUUUCUAAAAGAAUGUCUACAAAAAUCAAUAGAGAUAGCAUUAAAAGGAUGUUCGGCCCAGGAUUGAUAACUUAUUCCAUAAAUAUCAUUGAGGAAGCGGAUAAAAAUAUGAAAGAUGAUUCGAAAGUGGAAGUGAAGGAUGCCCUCAUUAGGAAAGCUAAAAAGAUUUUUCUUCAGUUGUUGGAAUGCCCGCUGUGCAAGGAAUAUAUGUCUCCUCCAAUUUUUCAGUGCCUUUCGGGUCAUACCAUGUGUCAUGUUUGCAAACCGAAAUUGGAGAAUUGUCCUAAUUGUCAAGCAAAUAUUGAAAAAACCAGGAACUAUACCCUUGAAGAAUUAUCUAAGAAAGUUGAGUUACCUCAAAUCGAAGAGAAAAGGCCCAAGGUUGAAUCAGGCUUGAAAAGGAGUUUAGAAGAAAAUGACAAAAAUGACAAUUCUGCAAAGAUUCAGAAAAACUAGUAAUAUUUAACGUAUUUUUUUCAAAUUGUGUUUUCCUAUGUUCUUAUGUAAUGAUUUGUGAACCUAAAUGUAUUGAAUUGGAAUACCUCAAUGAGCAACAGAUAUUUACCAUAAAGUUUUUAUUUUGUUUCUUUUUUUAUAUGUUAUA